ACGCAAAUUUUUAAUGGGUUCCAGGAGAUAUAAAAAGUUCAUUCGGGGUUAUUAUUUUUGAUUUAGCGAAACUUUUGUAGUUGCAAUUCAACUUUUCUCUAAUAUUUUUUAACUUAUAGUUGUGAAAAAGUACAAAAAUACUUACAUAAGAGUAGAUAGAAUGAAGAAAAGAGAGUGUAUGAUGUAGAAUUUGGUUGGAAUUUUUUUUCUGGAUUCACUCAAAAUUCUUCAAGCAGCCCUCGGUGUAGCCAUUCCUUGAAGGAACAAUGAAUGAUAUGAAAGUAGAGGAGAAUCGUUUGAUGACAUUCUCACGGUGGCCCAGUGAUGCUCCUGUGAGUCCCGAAAGGAUUGCCAAAGCGGGUUUUUUUGCCACUGGAGAUGCCCUAGAGGUCCUGUGUCCGUGGUGCAAGAGACGCAUUAGAGAUUGGGAAUAUGGAGAUCAGGUGAUUGUGCGCCAUCGUCGUCUCGAUCCACUCUGUAGGUUUGUCAUUAAUGCCACGGAGGCUGGAAAUGUCCCACGGAUAAGUGGUUGUGCAUCGUCUAGUUCAGCGAGAGCCCCUGCGGAUGAUUGGAAGAAUGAAGAAACACGUCUGAGGAGUUUCUCAAAGUGGCCUGUUACCUUUGUGUCACCCCUAGCGCUGGCCAAAGCGGGCUUUUACUUUUUCAACCUCGAAGAUCGCGUCAAGUGUGCAUGGUGCCAAGGUGUCGUGGGUCAAUGGGAGGAUGGUGAUGAUCCCUUUGAUGUGCACCAGCGUUUCUUCCCAGCAUGUCCGCGUGCAGUGUUGGGACCCAAUAUCGACAUUCCAGCUGGUGAGAGAAUCUCAGAGCUUGGCAUACAGACCACCAGACCACCCAAAAUGCCCAAAUAUGCAUCUCUGGAUGCUCGCUUGAGAACAUUUGCCCAAUGGCCAAAGUCAGAUAUUCAACGUGGUGAAGUUUUGGCUCAGGCGGGCUUCUACUAUCAGGGCAAUCAGGAUCAGGUGCGUUGCUUUCAGUGCGACGGAGGCCUAAAAUGCUGGCUAGCAGAUGAUGAUCCAUGGUGUGAACAUGCACGAUGGUUUCCAAAAUGCCAAUUUGUUCAACUUAUCAAAGGUCAACCAUACAUUGAUAGUGUUCAGAGAACGGCUGAAACAGCAAAACAGGAAUCAAGUAUGCGAGACAGACGAUCUGAGCCCACAAUGCUCCUGGAUGAAGCAAUGACAACUGAACCAGUACAGCAAACACUACAAAUGGGGCUUCAUGAGGGGCGCAUCAGGGCAGCAGUGAAGCAUCAUUUGGAGCACCGUGGACGUCCUUUUGAUACAGUAGAUGACCUCAUGCGUGCCGUGCUCAGUGGCCAGGUGUACAAUGAGAUGGAUCUCGAUGACAUGGAGGCAUCAAGUGACUCAAAUGCCAUCAGAAAUCGUGUCACGGACAUCCUUGGCUAUUUUGUGAGCAAUAGUAGUAGUACCGUGGAAAAACCAACAACCAGAGAUGCUUGUGUGUCUACAUCUAAGGGUACCGACGAUGCCACAUUACCCAGUGCAGAUGAAAGUAGCACCAGUGAAAUUCCUUCGACAUCAAAUUCAGAUCCUCAGACACUCGAAGAGGAGAAUAGGAAGCUCAAGGAUGCUCGAUUGUGCAAAAUAUGUAUGGAUGAAGAGAUUUCCAUUGUUUUCUUGCCCUGUGCCCACCUAGCUAGCUGUGGUCAAUGUGCGUCUGGCGUUACGCACUGCCCACUUUGCCGGGCUGCAAUCAACGGACGCGUCCGAAUAUUCCUGUCGUAAUGAAUUUUCUGCAAAUCUGAAUUUACCGAAUUUACGACCGCAGGAAAAAUAAUUACUACCUAUAUCUAUGUUUUUGAUGUAUCAUAUUUUUGUUCUAUCCUAUCUCUAUAAAUGAAUUAAAUGGAUUAAACACA